UUGCAGGAGAAUUCUCAACUCUUUACAGUCCCUUGUUGUGAUGAUCUAGGAGGGGGUAAGAGCAUUGCGCGCAAUUGCAUAACCCCCUGUCUAAUAUAAACGGAUCAGCAACUCUCCUCAGUCUCCGGUUCAGCACCGUGUCGACGUCUACUAACAGCCUCUAUUAAACCUAAGCCAGUUGCAGCCAUGGGCAAGGAGAAGGUCCACAUCAACAUUGUGGUAAUUGGCCAUGUGGACUCAGGCAAGUCCACCACCACUGGCCACCUCAUCUACAAGUGUGGAGGCAUCGACAAGAGGACCAUUGAGAAGUUUGAGAAGGAGGCUGCUGAGAUGGGGAAGGGCUCCUUUAAAUACGCUUGGGUUCUGGAUAAGCUGAAAGCUGAAAGGGAGCGUGGCAUCACCAUUGACAUCUCCCUGUGGAAGUUUGAGACCAGCAAGUACUACGUCACCAUCAUCGAUGCCCCUGGACACAGGGACUUUAUCAAGAACAUGAUCACUGGAACCUCCCAGGCUGACUGCGCCGUGCUGAUCGUAGCCGCUGGUGUGGGAGAGUUUGAGGCGGGCAUCUCCAAGAACGGCCAGACCCGUGAGCACGCCCUCCUGGCCUACACUCUAGGGGUCAAGCAGCUCAUCGUGGGCGUCAACAAGAUGGACUCCACCGAGCCCAACUACAGCCAGAAGCGCUACGAGGAGAUCGUCAAGGAAGUCAGCACCUACAUCAAGAAGAUCGGCUACAAUCCGGACACGGUGGCCUUCGUGCCCAUCUCAGGCUGGAACGGAGAUAACAUGCUGGAGGCCAGCCCUAAUAUGACAUGGUUUAAGGGCUGGAAGAUAACAAGGAAAGAUGGGAAUGCGUCUGGGACCACCCUGUUGGAAGCCCUUGAUGCCAUUCAGCCUCCGUCCCGCCCCACGGACAAGCCCCUCCGCUUGCCGCUGCAGGAUGUCUACAAGAUCGGAGGUAUUGGCACAGUGCCUGUGGGUCGGGUGGAGACUGGCAUCCUGAAGCCUGGAGUGAUUGUGACCUUUGCCCCGGUCAAUGUGACCACUGAGGUCAAGUCAGUGGAGAUGCACCAUGAGGCCCUGACUGAGGCCAUGCCUGGAGACAACGUGGGCUUCAACGUUAAGAAUGUGUCCGUCAAAGACAUUCGCCGUGGCAACGUGGCUGGUGACAGCAAGAACGACCCACCACAGGAGGCUGCCAUCUUCACUGCUCAGGUGAUCAUCCUCAACCACCCAGGCCAGAUCAGCGCUGGCUAUGCCCCCGUGCUGGACUGCCACACCGCCCACAUCGCCUGCAAGUUCGCGGAGCUCAAGGAGAAGAUCGACCGCCGCUCGGGGAAGAAGCUGGAGGACAACCCUAAGGCCCUUAAGUCCGGGGACGCCGCCAUCGUGGACAUGAUCCCGGGGAAGCCCAUGUGUGUCGAGAGCUUCUCCGAUUACCCUCCACUGGGUCGCUUUGCAGUGCGUGACAUGCGCCAGACCGUGGCAGUGGGGGUGAUCAAGGCCGUGGAGAAGAAGGCUGCCACCACAGGCAAGGUCACCAAGUCCGCCCAGAAGGCCCAGAAGAGCAAAUGAAUGUUGUGCUGUACUGCCGACUCCAGAGUCACCCGUGGCAGGAUAGUGGUCACCCAAGCCCACCCCCCAAUUGGCAUCUUCAACUCCAUAUUCAAAGACUGGCUAAUAAUCACAAUGCAUCGCAAAAGUAUCAGGAGGAAAGAACACCAAACAAGUCUGUAACACAGCCUUCAGUCUGACUCCAUUUCAACCUGGUUGAAUUCGUAAUUAUUUACGUGGUAAUAGCACAUUGCUAGUUUUGAACGUUUACUGUUAAAAAGGUUUGAAUGACCAUGUUCUCCGCGUGUGUGAGAUAUUGUAACCUUGGAGAGGUGUGGUAACGGCCACAUCCUCCUUUCUCUGGAGUGCAGUUUUAGGCCACUUCACACUGUUGUCUGGCUUUUAGUGUUUGUUUGCACCUAAUAGCGCCAUAGCAGCCUAUAGGAACAAAACUUCUGAAAAGUAUACAGCUAUAAAAAAGCAACAAAGAUAAAAUCUCCAAAGUUGUCUUACUCUGGGGACACUAAGUAGAUUGAUUGGUGACUCUUAAUGCACUUUGAUUGCCGUUUUGCUAACCUUGCACAUGCACUGGAAAACUUUUAAUUGGCAUAAUCUGCUGCACCUUACAUAGUGUUUAGAAUGGCUGGAGCCCCUUCAUAACAUUAAAGAUGUUUCAACCAAAA